UAAAUUUAAAAUUUAAAUAGACGCCACUGCUCCACAGCACCGACUGAUACUUGUUAGGAGCGAAGUUUGUCAAUAUUUACCGUUUUCGACAUCGUUUUCUCAGGUGAAUGGCCUCCUUUGACGGUCUGAAAAGAGAGAUAAGAGUUCUUGAAAAACUAUUCCAUUCAGAACACGAAAGAUUUCGCGUAAAAGCUUGCGGCCUCGACGAAUUAUGCUGUCAGUUUAUCGGUGUCAAUUCGGAGACAUUUGUAGUACGUUGUACGAUUUAUGAAUCGUAUCCGUCCGUUGCCCCUGUGUGGUUUACUGAAAUGGACGAACAAGCCGUUGUCGAGGCUGUGGAGAAAGUAUCAGAAAUGGCGGAAAGUCAAGAGAAAAUAUUGCUCACCGAAAUGACGAAAUGUCUUCUGGAAGAGUUGUGUAGAAGGCUUGAUUGUAGAACUCCAGAGAUUUUGAUCAAUUUGGACGAAUGGGAGGAUGAUACUUCGACAAAUGAUGAAAAGAAAAAGCUUCAUGAAGUUGAAGAGGAUGACGAAUUUGAAGAUGAGGAUGACUUUGAUGACUUUGAUGACAAUUAUGGGCUGGAGGAAAAUUUGAGAGAGGAGAAAGAUAAUUUUCCUGAUGAGAUGAGUGAAGAAAACUUUGUAUUUCUUGAGAAACUGAAAUUGCGACAAAGGGAAGAACAUCUUCAGGGUGUCGUGUCAGGAUCCGUUCAAGCUAGUGAUAGAUUGAUGAAAGAAUUACGCGAAGUCUACCGAUCGGAAAGCUUCAAAAAUGGACUAUAUCAAGUUUCGUUGAAUGGUGAUAGUCUUUACGAUUGGGAUAGACAUUCUCAAGGUGGAUUCUGAUAGCCUGCUUCACAAAGAUUUGAUUCAAUUGAAGAA